AUGUUGUCUAAUAGAAGAGGGCCUGAUUGGUCUUACUGUCUCAGAUGUGAAUCAGUCCGUCCGCCCAGAGCCCAUCAUUGUCGUCGGUGCGAUGUAUGCAUUCUGAGGUUUGACCAUCAUUGCACCUUCCUGGGUAGGAAUUCUAUUUUCUUUUUUUAAAAGUCGACUAAUUUCGCCGGCCGUUUGUUUCUGCCACUCAUCUGUUGUUAUUUUUUCUUUCCCAAUAGGCCAGUGCGUUGGUUAUCGGAACAUCGCCAGCUUCCUACAUUUGUUGGUCUACUCCUCCAUUAUCUGCCUUUUCUCAACUUGUUUCAAUUUGCCGUAUUUCGUAAAUGUUCUGACUCCCGACUGGCGCAUCUGGCAACGUGCUAUCUGCCUUAUCAAUCCACUGCCUUUCUUCCUCCUCGGCUGGUUUUCUUUCGCCAACUUCCUUCUCUCUAUCCUCAUGUCGGCCUGUCUAGUCCUUGGUCCCGCAUUCGCCAUCUUCUUUGUGCAUCAUUUUCUGCAGGUGUGUCGGAACCAGACAACCAUCGAGAUUUCUAUCGCUUCGCCAACCAAAGUGAUCACCGCCAUCUGCCAUGAAGACGAACUGCGACCGAUCGAGUACGAUAUCGGCCGUGCAGCCAAUUUGGAACAGGUUUUAGGGCCGCGUUGGCUUAUAACCUUUUUCUGCCCCUUCAUCAACUCCCCUCCCAUAUCCGACGGUUUAAGUUUUCCGGUCGGAAUAAAGUCAAGGAGCAGUAGCAUUCAUAUUUAGAAGCAUUUGUCUUCACUUUGUGCGCAUUUUGACACUCCACAUCCUGAUGUACAUGUUUUCUGGUUCUUUUUACUGAGAAAGAAAAGAAUUUUCUUCUGCAAGUAUAGAGAAGCUGACUAAGGCACUGUUCCUUCUCAGUGUUGGUGUUCACCUGAAGUUGUUGGAGAGCACCUGGGAGGUAGCUUUUCGCUCCACUCGUAAGAGAUGGUUGCCAAACGCACCUUGUUUGUAGUAAACGCGUGGACCUGAAUGAAUGGUACGUAGCAUUGUUGAAAUCCAGUGAAAUCACACACGACUGACACAGUGCUUCCGCAUGAUGACGCUUAAACUAACUGAUUAAGCUUCCUUCACUUCAAAGAUUAGCUGCAUCAUGCGUUGUCUCCCCACGGAAAACCGUGAACCACGUACCCAAAGACGUGCUCGGACUUGAUGGUUGUUUCGAACCGGCGCUACAUACAGCACGGCCAUUUGGAUCAGCAAGUGUGGACAUAGUUGACAUGUGUUUUUGGCCGAUUGCAUAACCCCUUGGGAAUAGUGCAGUCGGACAAAGAAAUUCGGAUUAUGAGGCUGUGGAACCAUCGAUCAUAUAUUUUCGGACGCCUGGUGCUUUCUGGGCGCGUGCGUCAUGUUCCCAUGGGUAUCAAACGGACUGCUCUGUGUACUGGCGUGGUUCAUGCUUGGCCGUUUAGUUCGCGUCGCGCGCAUUCCAAAAGUUUAUUUGGAUAGGAACAAACUCUUCUUGAACUUGGUUAACCCAAUGGCUUUGCCAGCCGGGUGGUGUAACAUUUUCGGGUAGUUGAACAUUUUCAUUAUCUACCAGUAACGAAUGGUCCACAGCUAGUGGAUCAGAGGCGACGAUCUACGUCAUGCUUAUUUGUACUUUAAGCUCCACAUAUGCCCAUACGACGGUUCAGCCGCAACAAACGUGACCGGCCGCUGCCCCACGAAGUUUUUACGACGGUGGCUUGUGUGCGUGGCUUCAUAGUGAGGCAGACUUUAGACGCAUCUACCUCACCCCGCUCCGUUGUCAGAACAGCCGGAGGUGGGUUUGGACGCAGCGACUGGCGAAACCCAACAUUCUGUACGAUCUGGCCUCUACACUUAUUGGGUUUCAUUGAGAUAAGGCCGCUGGAUCUUAAUCGUGUGAGUCGCGCGUGUGCCAUAUUUGGUCGGAACCAUCGUUCUGUGACCCUUAGUUCUCAGCAAAACCGGCUCAUCCUCUGAGUUGGCAUUCCUCCGCCACGACUUUAGCACGUCGUCAUAGACCCCGAGCAUGUUUAGCGGCAUAUAGGGAGGAAUCAAGUGUUGGACACGAGCGGAGUCGACGUCAUUUCUCUACCUCCCACCCUCCAGUAGUCCGCUAAAGUCAACUUGACUGAAAAUGAGAGUGACAAUAAUGGCUGGCGUAACUAGUGACGCUGCGCAGCCUAGCUGGCGCGUGUCGCGGGCCUCCGUUUUUGUCGAGCGUUACAACGACCCGUCCCCCUCGGAAUGACAAGCAGGCACAAUUGCUCCAACGGUUGGCAACACGAGGAUCCCCAAAUCGCAUGCCAAGGAAGACAGACUAUACUGGACAAACUUUACUGGUGUGAAAGGGUGUACGUGCAGCCCAGCAAGCUGUCCCUUCAGGCCUGUCGUGUGUUAGUGUCCUUUUUCUGGCUCGAGGUGUACUCGUCCCCAGCCAAUCAGCGGACGAGCAGUAUUGAUUGGCUUGAAGAAGGAGACACGAUCGCCGGGACAAGAGCUUUAUUAGCCUGACGUUCCGGAUUCCUACUCGAAUCCAUCAUCAGAGACAAAAAAGCAGAAACGGGUGGUUGUUGCUCAAGGGACUGCGGUAUUUAUAGGAUGCAGUAGCCAUGCUACCGCAUACCUAUGAACAUUCACGGCUCCCCCUUCAUUGAUUGAUUGGCUUUGAACCCCCCGCGAGACUAAUGUCAAGCCUCGCGCGGUCCCCACAGCGGAUCGACUGGGAGUGGGAAACGCCAAGAGGGGCAGCGUGAGAAAUCGAUGACAAUUGUGGACUGCCGCAGCACGUGCACCACCACCUUCCAUAGGGGAUGCGGUGGGGCGGACCUACGCCCCUUUGACAUAACUUCACUCUUUCCGCGUUGCGAUGGCAAAGUGUUAACGAUCAGGUUAAAGCCUGCGGAUUCUACCCGAUAACUGUUGCGUACUGUCUUUCGGCCCGUUAGAGCUGCAGCUCUUGGGUGCUUUUGAUCACGGCUAGGUGGGAGGUGGCAUCUCUUGUAGUUACAGGCGUGCAUUCUAUCUGUCUGUGAGAGUUCAUGCGUGGAUGUUCACAUCAUAAUCGCAAGGCAGACUGAAUAAUUCAUAUUGACCCAGUCGUGAAAAAUUCUGCCCCACGGUGUGAUUCGAACCCACGACAGUAAGAGGAAGGCUUUAGUACAGUCAACGAUCUUACCACCCGAGCUACGAGACCGCGCCGGACAACUCGAGUUUAAUCGCAUUUGGGUCAAGUUUACCCGCCAAAUCUACUGCAACGUCUGGAAUCCACCAGAUCUGAUACAGUAAGUUGACUGCCCAAGCACGAUUUCCUAGGUAAUUCACCUAGAAUCCACCAGAUGACUACCAGGCUCACGCAAUUCAUAGAUGUAUUGGCAGACCUUGAAUAAUGCAUAUUGACCCAACUGUGGAAUUUACUGCUUUGUGACACUUAUUCCGCAAUGAUGCUUGCUACUGGUGACUACGGUUCGUCUGGGGAGCAAAUAUGUUUGGGUAAUUAACUGGGUGUGUGACUUUCUAUAAGGAUUAGUUUAAGGGGGGGGGGGAGAGGCCAGACCAUCCGUCAAGGUUGAAUUCGGAUCUGGUGGUGGCGGAAGUAAGGCCUGUGAAAGCCGCUCCUGCUAUUGCCGUGGCACAUUGACGGAAAGACUGCAUGGCAUUCCUGCGUCUGACAAAUCCCUCCGGAGGCUUUUUCAACGCCCUAAGCAUGGUCUGUACCAGAACAAGACUGAGUUUGGUCCUUGCUCCAUCCCAAAAUCCGCCGGAGGAUGCUGUGGCAUUUUUUUUGAGCGACCAACUCCUGGAAGUGAUAUAGAUUGCACCGGUCCGGAUGAAGCCAGUCUAGGCGAAAUUGACUAUGAUGGUGUAGUUCCCUCGAAAUCAGUCUGUUCUCAAAAGCGUCUCCCGGUAACUGACGGGUGAUAGAGCAGGCCUCAGUUCCGGGUUCAUGUCUCGGCUCACUGAGAGCCCUGUACGUAGCGAUCCUUUCUUUUGUCACUGUCCUCUUCACAGGGCAUCCCAAGCGAUAGCUCGACCGUCGCAUCCGACGAUAUCCACCGUAUGCUCCACAGCGGGAUUGGAGCAGAGGUGGUGAAUUGUGCGAAGUUAUUUUAUAGUGAUAGUAGACCUGCACAGCGCCCACCGAACCCUCUCCUCCUCCCUCACCUGUACUCGGUGUCAGGGCAGAGUCAAGAAGGCGGGGGGGGGGGCACAGGACGAUGGCACGGUCGAGCCCGCACUUUGGCGUUCCACUCCACACCCCCUGGCCCACACAACAAAUAACCAGGUUUUGAUCAACAACAAUAAUGGGGAGGGGCGACGCCUGCUGGCAACCUGGUCUGCCACCGCAUCCUGAAAUGUUGACAUGUGUUACGGUGUGCAAGUCUGAUAAUGCCUACCAGAACCCAAUAUGGCGCCCGUGUUGGUCCAGCGCAUCCACCACGUGACCCGUUUGGGGGGCAUGGCUAGCCAAAGCACAGUGUAGUAAACAUCUACAUCUAUUUCGUGUAUUCGCGACGAUCCCGACUUCAAACUUAUUUUACUUGUCUUUGUCGGUAUUUAUGGUCAUGGAGAGGAUCGAUAGGAGAAUGAAAGCUGAGUUAAUUUGCAUGCGACGCGAUCGAGGUCAAAAGGAAAUGGCAGAUAAGAACCAACAGUUUACAGCUUUUGACGAGAACCAGGAAGUGAGUACGUCGGUUUCUGAGACUGAGUCGCAUGCAUACUUCCCUAUCUCUUCCCCAUGGACAUUUUCCGGUUUCACUCGAGCAGUGUCCUAAGUUCACAAGAGAAGUUACAUUUUUCUCUGUUUAUUCGUGAUAGUUAAUGGCAGUGGCCGCCGACUGUGCUUGCACAUCCUAGAGAGAAAUGUAGUCUCAAAAACUGAGUAGGCAUCUUUCGUUUACCUCGGACCACGGUGUCUUAAAAAUCUUUUCUGGAAACCUCAAUUUCACCCUCUCCAACACAUGUCCCCGUCCUGAAGGCUGAGCCAAGUUGGGGUGGGCGAAGCAACGUCCCAGCUCGAGAAGUCGUUCGUCCAUUAUUCUUAGCACAUCUAAGUAAGUACACUGUAAGGUUUUGGACCACUAAUAGGUGUUUACGUCCCUUGCGAGGAUGACCACGUGGAAACUCUCGUACCAGCAAAACGCUUCUUGUCAUGAGUUUUCGGUGACUGGACGCCGUCGUUGGUCCCGACCAACCCCGUUCAAACGGUAGUCUGCGCACUUCACAAAACUACGCUAUAAUCGUUUGUGCCAAAAACAGAAGAAAAAUGACCUCUCAAGCUCGGCCAUGGCAUGUCCCAGUUUGACCCAGCCCUUAAGACGGGGAUGUAUGUUAGUGUCGCGACAGCUCCACAGCAGAGUGGGAGCAGGGACGGUGAGUUGUGCGAAAAGUUACUUUAUAAUGAUAGUAGGCUUGCGUAGCACCCGCUGCACUCUCUCCUCCUCCCCAUCUGGACCCGGUGUCAAGACAGAGUCAAGAAGACUGGAGGCGGGCGAGGGCGCAGGACGAUUGCACGGUCGAGGCCGCACUUUGGCGUUCCACUCCACACCCCCUGGUCCACACAGCAAAUAACCAGGUUUUUAAUCAACAACAACAAUGGGGGGGGGGAGGAGGAGGCGGCAGGGGUUCCAGUGUGCGCGACGUCAGCUAGCAACCGGGUCUAUCACCGCACCCUGAAACUGUUGGCAUUUGUUUCGUUGCGCAAGUCUGAUGACGCCUGCCAGAAUGCAAUAUGGCGCCCGUGUUGGUCCGGCGCAUCUACCACGUGACCCGUUUGGGGGCACGGGUAGCCGAAGCACAGUAUAGUACACAUCAAUCCUCGACAUAUAUGCCAUGCAUUCGCGAUGAUCCCAACAGCAAACUUAUUUUGGUUGCCUUUGUAUGUAUUUAUGUUCAUGGAGAGGACCGAUAGGAGAAUGCAAGGUGAGUUAAUUUGCUUGCGACGCGAUCGAGGUCAAAAGGAAGUGGAAGCUAGUAGACAACGGCUUACAGCUUUUGACGAAAAACAGGAAGUGAGUACGCCGGUCUCUGAAAAUGAGUCGCAUGCAUACUUCCCUAUCUCUAAGCCAUGGACAUUUUCCGGUUUUACUCCAACUGAGUCCUAACUUCCCAAGAGAAGUUACAUUUUCCUUUAUUUAUUCGUGCCAGUUAAUGGCAGUGGCCGCCGACUGUGCUUGCACAUACUUGGGGGAUACGAAGUCUCAAAAAUUGAGAAGUAGGCAUCUUUCGCUUACCUCGGGCCACAGUGUUUUAGAAAUAUUUUCUGGAAACUUUAAUUCCGCCCUCUCCAGCACAAAUCCCCUUCCUGUGGGCUGGGCAAAGUUGGGGUGGACAAAGCAACAGCCCAGCUCGAGAAGUCCUUUGUCUAUUAUUCUUAGCACACAUAAGUAAGUACACUGUAAGGUGUUGGACCACUUGUGGCGUGUUUACGUCCCUUGCGAGCAUCACCUUGUGGAAACUCUCGUACCAACAAAGCGCUUCCUGUCAUUAGUUUUCGGUGUACUGGACCACCUUUUGAAAUUCCGGUCGUUGGCACCGACCAACCCCGUUCAAACGGUAGUCUGCGCACUUCACAAACCUCCGCUUUAAUCGUUUGUGCCAAAAACAGAAGAAGAAUGACCUCUUAAGCGCGGCCAUGUCCCCUCCCAGUUCGACCCAGCCCCUAAGAGGAGGACGUGCGUUAGUGUCGCGACAGCUUAAGCCAGUGAGAAUAGCCACUACGACCCCCAGGUCCGGUCCCGAACAGAAAGUGAAGGAGCUGGACGCCAAUUGCGAAAAUAGCGCAUUCUGUACAGAAUAACUGGAGAAGGGAUCAGAGAGAGUUGGUAGCCGAACGCCGGAAGAGCUGCGCCUCGAUUGAUUAUGGGGAAUGUGUCACAGCGCCUUGUGCGAGAGCACGCCUGUGUCGGCCUUGAAGAUGCCUGAGCAGUUUGGGCAGCCGUGAUUGGCUGAGAACCAGACUGCAGUAGUGUGUACGCGCGAGUACUUGCGCAAUGCGCAGCGUUGCAGCAGGCGAUCGGGGUAUGGUCACUACACUAGCAUGGUGGUCAAGCUACAAAAAUGACAAACAGGGACGUUACUGAGCCUUUUUCAGUUGUUACCCUCCAAUCUACUCGAACGGCUGCGGCCAUCCGCACACCGAAAUAAAAUUGCUUUACCAGCUUACUUCUUAUGAUUGUUUUUGGCAAAUUUGAAUAAGUCGCUUGACUCACGGCGAAGGAGACACGAUUGCAGGAAGAAAUGCUUUAUUAGCCUGACGUUUCGGACUCUCACUCGAAUUCAUCAUCGGAGACAGAGUCAGCCAGUGCCUGCGUAAACGAGACGAAAGACAAAAGCCAACCGCCCCAAAAUUUUUGCCAGCUGUCCCGUAUGUUAAGAUUUUCUUGGAAGCUAUCAGCCGCCUCCUUUAGCCCCUUGGGAUUGGAGUUGCACACAGAUCGGAGACAACCACACGGCGACAGAUCAUGAGACCGAAAGACCCACUGCAAGGGCAGGCAAUGGCUGGAGUCGUUUACUGGGUCUGGUGCAGUUGUGGGAAAAGCAACUACGUCGGAGAAACCAGAUGACUACUCCAGACGCGGUUGGCCGAGCACACGGCAGCAGUGAGGAGGAACGUCGCCAACGCCCAAGUCGCAGCUCAUUCGAAGGGACCCAACCACACAUUCGAGUUUGACGAUGCAGAAAUUCUUGCCAGAGGUGACAACCGCGUGAACGGCGAACCGCUCGAAUCAUGGUUUUCAGGUCCUCAAUCAAUCAACAGGCGCCACGACCUCCCAACUCCAUAUUCGGCACUGAGACUUAACCUAAGCAUAAAUUUGAUCGCGAGGCGGGCGUGCGGAUAACCACUGUCACCGUUAUCACUAUCGGCGAGCUAAAUCACCCAAAUGUCCACACGGAUGGCGAAAUCCAGUAGUCAGCCUCUCGGCGGCGUGCGAUGAGCGUGGGAGCCGAUAACCUUGACCGGUGUACAGGCGCCUAACAACUGCAUGGCAACAGCAUACUUCAACACCUGGCCAGGUGAGCUGUGAUGCACUCGGUAGCUGCCAACUGUAGUAGGCAUGUAGGGGCCUAGCAACUAAAUCCUAUAAAUAUUGCAAAAUUUGACUCAGUUGUGAAAAACUCGGCGGUCUUGGUAGGAUUCGAACCUAUGACAGCAUGCGCAAGAUUUGAGUACAGUCGACGCUCUAGCUACGGGAGCUAAGAGACCGCACUGGGGAACUUGAGUUUAGUCACAUUUGGUGGAUUCAUUCUCGAUAUCUUAGGAAAUCCUGCCUGGGCAGUUUGUCUACUGUAUAUAAAUGCGUGAGUUGAUACGAUACGUUUGGCCAAGCGGAUAACUUGGUCCAACUGUGGCUAGACUCACAGCUCCCGGUCAAGACCCCCUAGCUCAGGUGGUUAAGACGUUGUUUGUACUCACGCCUUGCGCCCUCCUGUCGUGGGCUCGAAUCCCAUCGAGACCGCCAACUUUUUCCUCACUGGACCAAAUGGAUUAAGUCACGUUAAUUUGAAACGGCAGCCAUAAAUGGUCGAGCUGGCUGUGUCGUAGGUUCUGAACCUAACUGCUGUUGCGGACACCCGAGCGAAAACAAAACAGUUGACACGCCCGACUGUCCCCCCCCGCCACACCGAGAACCUCAGUCGCGUCGGUCUCAUGCAUGCGCUAAGUGCAUUCACUAGGCUCAUACGCUUAGCCGUGAGGCUGUCAUGGAGCCAUGGCGGAUCGAUACCGGAGCACUUCUCACCACCCGGUUCGGGCGGCCAGGUAGCUGUCAGCGCCUGUCACUAAAAGCCACUUAGACGACCGAAAGUCGAAGGGGCACACAGGCGAUAAUAGCGCAGCAGCCGUGACAUGUAGUACAAGUGAUGCGGCAGAGGCGAGACAAUUAUUUUUGCUUAUCUGGGCAGUAAAUUAAAUUGAAUGUUAUUAUCGACAAAGACAAGAGAGACUGGAAUAGCCAUUGCUGGAUUAUUAGCCGUCGUCAACCAGUCAUACCCAACCCCGACGUGUGCAACACCCGAGGCUCGAACUCGCGACCUGUUAGUUAGAAGUCUGACGCCUCUAACCACUGGACCACGGGCCCGUUCUCCUGUGGGUUUUCGAUCGAGAAUAUAGAAUUCUAGAGGGGCGCUCACCGAUCGUUCUUACGGAACUCACUCGUUACGUAAACUAAACUCUCACAUCUCGGUUUCAUACUGACUGUUAGUAAAGGCUUACAAAACGAUCGUAACGAAAUCAUUCUAUCGCUAAUUUCUGUGAAGAUUAUGAAAAAUAUUUAACCGUGGGAUAUGUAGAAGCGCAAUAGCCUAUAACAGGAGGUUUUUAAAAUCCAAAAGCAGAGAGAUGAAGUUAAAUGGGGAACACUUACUGCAUCAGGAGAGCACAUAAGCGGCUGAGAAGUCGGCGACAGUGGUUGCCUCACGGAGCUAAACUCGUCGUAGCUUUGUCCGCUUACAGCCAAGUAUGGGGAACGAAAACAAGCAAUUGGUAACUCACCGCAACGAUAUCACUGCGAGGGGAACGCGAUUGCUGGAAUAACAGCUCUUGUUCCGGCGAUCGCGUCUCCUUAUUGGCGGCUGCUUCCUGUGACUCGCGUCUUAACUUUCACCAACAAUGUCAUAGCUCGUUUGGUGAGCCCUAGCGGUCUGGCUGUCGGCCUGUUAAUUUUAGAGUACUAGGAAGCGUUCCUAUCAAACUACAAGGUCAGCGGUUGUAAUCUCGAAGCCGACAGAUUGGACAUUAACUCCGGUGAACUCCUGAAACUGCACCGCAUUGUCACUUUCCAUUAACUGACGUAAACGUUUCAACUUACGUGGUCAAUUAGAACCACAGGUUUUCCAUAUCUGUUUAUGCUAACUAAUAUCUUCGAAUACCCAUCAUGCCCACAUGUUCGUGAGGGAAAUGAAAGAUUUACACUUACUGCAAAUUCAUAUCGAUCCGACUGUGAAUUGAUUAGGAAAUCCUGCUUGGACAGUCAACUUACUGUAUCAGAUGUGGUGGAUUCCAGACGUUGCAGUAGGUUGGGCGGGUAACUUGACCCAAAUGUGAUUGAACUCGCGUCGUCCGGCGGGGUCUCUUAGCCCAAGUGGUAAGAACGUUGGCUGUACUAAAUCUUUCCCCUUACUGUCUUAGGUUCGAAUCCCACCAAGGCGCCGAGUUUUCCACAGUUUGGUCAAUAUGAAUUAUUCAAAAUCUGCCCAAACAGCUAUGAUUUACUGUAAAGUCAAAAAUUGCUUCAGUCUAUUAUUUUUGUCCUUUAGACCGCGAUGUUUAGGGACACGUUCGCCCAAAGUUUUACCUAAGCAGCCCAGGAGUCGGGACACAUCACCUUAGAGUUGUCUAUGUGGUAGAGGUGCAUACGGAGCAUACGAGGGCCUUCGGGUUAGGUGCGUUGUUCGUUCUAAAGCACUCUGAUCUUAAACUGCUGGCGGAAUUCCUGAAUAAAAGAGUGAAAGCCUAUGCUUAAGUUAGUAAAACUUUUGAUAUGCUGAACUUAAAACCGAAAAACAAUGAUAUACGUAAAUCUGUCGUCUGCUGUUGAGCUAGGCCGCUAAACAGAACUUACCACCCACUCCUUUAUUGCCGCUAAAUGUUACUGAAUCUUAGACAGUAGACAGAUAUUUUGAAAUUAAGUAAGGAUCGUUUUCGAAGGCGACACCUCAUACCUUGGCAUUGGACUUGGCAAUGUAUCUAAUCGAAAGGCAGAAUUCACGCUUAGGUGGCUUGCAUCGCACGGAAGGCACAGGUCCGCGUGCGUUUGUCAGAAUGAACAGACGUCAGAAGUACCUGCACCGUUCUUUUUCGUCGGACGCCCCUGACAGGCUAACAAGCCCAUUGAGCAAUGAACAACACAAAGCGCUUUACUGGGUCUAGCGUGAGGGUAGUGAACAAGUUCAGAUAAUUGUUCAGAAAGCCCCCAUGGAAACUUCACCGAAUCACGGACCAGUGAGAGCCUUUUCUUGUGUGGAAUCUGGGCCACGACAACUGCCGACUUUGGACACAACCAGUUUAAAAGCAAAGGAAGUACAUCUAACAACUCAUGUGUUGUCGACUUCCUUCUUGCAAAGGGGCGCUGUAACUGCACUAGAAAUGAAGUAUAUUGUAUCUGAAUAGGCAUCAGUGCGUUGUAAAGGGGAAACAAAAGAUUUACCUGACGGAUUGCUAAAAUGAAAGCAGUUUCUUUAAGAUACGUAGCCAGUCUCGUUGUCUUAACCGUUCGCUUUGUUUUGCUCUAACCAGUAAAGAUUUUACGCCGGGCAUGACUGCUCAAAACGGCUUUGCAGUAAUUUCAGCAUCGCCAUUGACAAGCGUGGUCUAGAGUAAAGGCGUUAUAUAUAUUCGAGAAAAUCUGAUUGCAAUCAAAAGGUGAAUCCUGAUUUAAUUAUUUUGCAUCCUACAGUAGAUGUGCUAACUCAUGAAAUGUCAACCGAAAUUUCGAAAUGCGUUCUCGUUUUUGAAAAGAUUACUUAAGUAGUGUUGUAAAUCUGAUCAGGAUUCUUUUUGAAUUCUACGGCUGUUUCACUGAACUAAAGGUUCACACCCGACCAGUUCAAGUGAGUUUCCUCUCCUGAUUUCCUUUUGAUUCACGCCUGAUCUUGAGAUUCCUGACAGACUGGUUUAAGUAAGGUUAUUCGGAUCAAGAUUCCAGUCUGGAAGAAGACAAAAUCUUCAAAAGGUGUUUCGACUUUUGAUAUGGGAGCAUGGGUAGCCUCAAAGCAACAAGGGGCUUGUAUGCAAUGACAAGGAGGUUUGAGAUAGGUUCAGCUAAUUAGGUCAUCUUGUGUGAGAUUUGACAAUUAGCUAAUCGCUAUCCGUUUCGUCAGCACAACCUCUCCCGAUUCUUUUGUAAACAAAAAAACAUGAAAAAAUGACUCACAUUAGACUCCAUAGACAGCAGCAGCUGCCGAUGCAGGUGGUACGAAGAAUCCAACCACCCCUAAAGCCUUCCUCUCCCACGUUCCGUGAAGCUUCUGCAAUCCGGAACCCGACGCUGGAGUUUUGUAAACAGUUGGAUUUUGUUAUUGACGUCACAUUGUUGUGACAGUCAAGGCGUGUUAAUCAGACUUCCCGUCGCAUCCCCAUGGCUCAGCUGACAAACUAAUUAUUAAUUAAUUUUUAUUUUAUCCACAAUAUUAAAACCACUCAAUGACCCCCUGAAGUUGGAAGAAGGACCUUGAAAUUUGAUGAUAGCAUUAACUUCGAGUUUAUUUGCUUGGGCUAUUUUGCGUUAGACUCAGUUAGGCGUAUGUUGUCUCGCUCCCUGAAGACGCUCAAUCGCCUACCAAUGGAGCAUUCACAGAGACGAACUCUUCGCCGAAAAUAUUUCGCAUGUUUUGGUAGAAGAUUUUCCGUACUGGAGGGCACUGUCAUCUGCGGAGUUUAUUGUUUAACUCAGACGGUAAGAAGAUGAUCCGGUCCAGAAGCGUUGAUCUCACAUUGAGGCGAAUUAAUUGAGACUGUAUGUGGUCACCGCAAGACCCCCCUGAUCGACGUAGAAAGAAACUUUGGUAAGGUGGAUUGCUCGAAUUACGUAAACUCUAGGCCUUAAGCGUAAAAAUGCUUUCUAUCUGUCAUUAAACGGCCAUAAUAAAUUGCAAGUAAAGAGUAAAUUCCAGCCAGUGCCUACACUUUCACAACAAUGAAUGCAAGACGCUUAGACCUGCCUCCUGUGGACCAGAAGUAUAUUUACUUGUCGGAGAUCGCGUCAACAUACCUUUGAUACAGGCAAUAGCUCAGUGCAGAUAAAAGUUAUUCGUUGAAUUUCCGCUGGUACAUAGAGCAAAUUGAGCGGCUUGGUUGAUCCAUCUGUCACCCAGCGUGUCCUGAGACGAACGUUUCGCCGAAAAUAUCCGCCUGUUUUUAAAGAAUGUUUUCCUUACUGAGAGCACUGUCAUCUGCGGAGUUUACUGUUUACUGUAUUGCAGAGGUAUAUUUACAGUAGAUAUACUAACUCAUGAAAUGUUAACCGAAAUUCUAAAAUGCGUUCUUGGUUCGAAAAGAUUAAUUAAGUAGGGUUGUAAAACUAAUCAUCGUUCAGCGUAAUUCGAUAAUAAUUCAGUUACCUCUGGAUGCCGGUAUUCGAAGGAACCCCUUUCCGGCCGCAUGCAAAAGCUAUAAUUUGCAAAAAAUGACUGCUUAGAUAGCAUGAAUUUUCCCUUUCGUUUUCGAUGCCCUUAAAAAUUCAAUUAUAUUUUAUGACAAACAUGCAUGAAAAGAUCAAUUUUCUUGCCCAUUGGAUAGAAAAUUACGUCUUCUUCCAAUUUUAUACUCGAAGGAAGGGCAUAAUUCGGUUUUUAAAAACAUUCCCAACUCGCGAAUAAUUUUGAAUCCUGACCCUCCGUUACACUUGUUUGCAGGGUUUCCAAACUACAAGCCGUACAUUUUUUGUGUAACCGUACAUUUCUUUAUGGUACUAAUAAGAAUCCAUAUGGCGUUCAUAAAAUUUAGCGGUGGAGUUGAGUAAUAUGGUUAACUUUACAAUCCACAUUGGUAAAUGAAAAGGCAUGAAGUCUCAUUGACGGUCAUUUCACAUUAUUAAAAAAAUCUAAUAAUGAGCAGCUGUUUUAAAACAUAAUUAUACCCUUCCUUCGAGUGUGAAAUUUGAAGAAGAGGUAUUUUUUUACCGAAUGAGCAAAAGGAUGAAUAUUUUUAUGCAAGUUUUCCAUGAAAUAUGAUUGAGGUUUUAAGGGCAUUGAAAAUCAAUGAGAAAAAUGCAUGCUCCCUAAGUAGUAAUUUUUUACAGAACAUGGUUUUUGUAUGCAGCUGGAAAGAAGUUACUUCAAAAACCGUCAUCCUCAGGUAACUAAAUUAUUAUAAAUUUACGCUGAGCAAUCAUUUGUUUUGCAACCCACUUAAUUAUUCUUUUCAAAUCGAAAAUGCAUUUCAGAAUUUCGAUUAACAUUUCUUGAGUCAGCGCACCUACCGUAGUUCCGGUACUGAGCCUUCGAGGAUGUGGAUAACUUAACUUUCGGCAGCAAAAUAGUGAGGGCCCGGAAUACUUAAUUUUAGCCUGAUGGCUCAAUUCAGUCAGCCACGUACUACCCUCGAACCCGGUAGACCCACUUAAAUAUGAAAGCAGUUGAUUGUUAAACCAGCGUUCCGACAUCGAGACACAAACUUGCUGGCUGGAAUCGGAACUGCGCAACGCCUCCUGGCUGUAGUGUUUCCCAAUUUACGGCCUUAUUUAAUUUCUGAACUUGGAGUAUAUUCCUCGGAAUAGACCUUUAGCUAGUACUUGUGUUAUCAAUAUGGAAAGUAUAAUCCCAAUUUAGCUUGGCUGCUGAAUGAACCUCCAACGCAUCGUUUACCUUGGAAACCGUCGUCUGAGAUCCGUUAUCUGCGAAUAUUCGAGAAACAGGAGACACUUCCUUCCCGCGUAUGUCAAAUUUAAAAAAAACAGCGAGUUUUCAGUCAAGUCACAAAUAAAGUGCUGGAGCGUCUAACUACCAUCAUUCUGUCCAAGUGCCGAAGACGUCCGCUGCUAUUUUUUAGGAAUGCAGCAAUGUAUUCAUUUGUGUAUGUGUCGUCAAAUGUCCUACCCGUUAUUUUAUUGACUAGCCUACCUUGGUGGAGCGGUUGCUUACCGAACAUCUGUCCCCGUAAACAAAAAAUUAAUAUCUCGGUUUCCGGAUUUGAUGAAGUGUUUUUUCUUCCACAUUUAUGUCUGUUUUGACCUGUGUAUCUAAGUAUUUGUUUAUCAGGAUGGCGGUAUUUUAGAGUUUCGCCACAGUACAUUUCCCUCGAAGUCGGAUUUUUUGCUAAAUCCACGGAUAUCCUCAAUUUACUGUCCUGUUAAAAAUAAAACUUCUUCGGAACAUAUAAAUUCUAUCGUAAAGUAGUCCAUGCCGUGUCAAAUUUUCAGUUCUGUGUCAUAAAUUAUUUAUUAGAGUUCUAGGGGGAUUAUUCCAGUAACGCACGAACUCAACAAGCCACUUACGGCAGCUGCUAGUAGGAAAAACGGGUCUUGCAGACACAUUGGUCGUACCUUCCCCUCGCUCGUCGUGCGAAUAGCUGGAGUUGCUUAAACAUGAGACGAAUCGUAAUUCACAGAAUCAUGACUUUUUGAAUAUAUUUCCGCCGGCGCACUUGUCAGCAAUCGGUUUAUCGCAUGGAGAUGGAGAUUCAAUGAUGGUGAAUAUGCGCUAACUGGUCUGGGUGUUAUAUUAUCUUCAGAUGACUCACUCACCGCUUGAUAAAUGUGUGUAUUAGCAGCUGGAGCAUUUAUCAUCAGUAUUAUUUCGUGUUUUUUGGGUAAACUACUGGUAAUAAGUCCUACUCAGUAUUCGGAAAUGGCAAAAUUAGGAAAACACCGGAAAUGUUUGCUAACUUUGUCUUUUUUGACUACUUACGUGGGUGCCGCAGGCAACUCCCCAGGCAUAAAGCCUAAUCUACAAAGCACUCAUAAGUGCGCAAUUGCAUUCCUAUUAAGUCACUCAUUUUGAGCCGUGCCAAUAUUUCUGCCUAUUACAAUAAUGAUGUUUUAUACCGGUAUGAGUUCUAGGAUGAAAAACGGUUACAAAAUUCAGUUCCUCUACGCAACCGAGUAAAUAUCGAUCUGUUGGCCGCUGGGAGCAGAGGAGCAAUACUUAGUAGAUGAGAGAUUUGUCAUCGUCCGAAAAGAUCAGCUAUGAACACCCCAAAACGUAUUAGUUCCGGGCUCCCAGGAAGUGGAUUUCCUCUCCCUGCGGCGGUUUCCGAACAAAUUCCAUAUCUAGGUGUCCUCAUCCACUGAAGGAUAGGGGAAUAUAGGCAGGAUAACAUUACGGACAAAGAUAAGGCAGACUGAAUUGGCCAUUUCUGGCUUAUUGUCUGUUGUCAGCCAGCCAUACCCAACCGCGAGGCAUGCAACACCUGGGACUCGAUCCUGUGACCUGUUUGUUAGAGGUCCAACGUCCCUGACUACUGAUCCACGGGCUAGUUGACUUGCCGGUUGCAAAUGGCUGUAUACGAUGGUAGGGAGGUGGGACGAUCACAGACCAUUUUUAAGGAACUCACUCGUCCCGUUGUGCCUUAGGGCUCUCUCUCUCUCUCGAGACCAAAUGGCAGCCGCAAAACGGCGUAUGAUUUAGGCAGAAUAACAUGGAAAAACAGGUGAAUUUCUGCAUAUGCCUUUGCAUCACAAAGAGACAUCCUCGGAGAUCAUACUCCUGCAUUAAGAAAGUAGACGCUCUGUGUCUCGCUAAGGACAUCUGUCGGCGGUCAACUAAAUCAAGCUAGCUCUUAUUUAUCUGGCAAAAAACUACGAAGUGGCGAUGAAAUACUGGUUAGAUGUUGUUAUGUAGCCCCACCUGAUGGACACAAUACUGUUCGGGUUGGGGUUAGGGUUAAGGCAACCAUUUCCCAACCAUUCAAAGCACCUCUGCGCAUUCUCAAGGACUUUUCUUUUGCAUACAACUACUUGACCUCGUCAUUUGCGUAUUGCUAGGCCCCACCUGUAAAAAUCCCUAUCACCACCGGUCACGUAGUACAGGUGGUUGAGGUUUGUUUACUUCAUGAACACAACUGACUGAAAUAUUUCUUAAAGCGGUACUCCCCCAACGGAUGCCGUCUGAAAUGCGUGUGCAGAGUUACGAAGCGACGAGGGCCAAAAAGACAUAGAGUAGGUGAGCUAACUCAUGAAAUGUCAACCGAAAUUCCGAAAUGCGUUUUCGUUUCGAAAAGGUUAAUUAAGUAGGGUUGUAAAACUGGUUAGCCUGCAGCAUAAUUCCACAAUAUUUCAGAUACCGGAAAAUGUCGGCUUUUGAAUAAACGUCCUUUAGGCUGCAUGCAAAAACUACGCACUGUAAAAAAUGACUACUUAAGUAGCAUGUCUUUUUUGUCGAUUUUCGAUGCUCCUGAAAGUUCAAUUAUAUUUCGUGGAAAGCAUGCAUCAAAAUAUUCAUUCCUUUGCGCAUUCGAUAGAUAAUUACGUUUUCUUCUAAUUUUAUGCUCGAAGGAUGUGGAUACUUUGGUUUUAAAAAAUUUAUUAUUGUGGGCCUUUUAAAUACCGUGUAAUGGCCGUUCAGAAAUCGUCAUGACUCUGCAUUUACUAAUGUGGCUUGUAAAGUUAAAAAUAUGGAUCAAAUACACUGCUUACUUUUAUGAACCCUAUAUGGUCCUCUUAUAUUACCAUAGGGAAAUGCGUGGUUUUCUGUACGCGGAAAAUAAACAGCUUGUAGUUUGAAAACCCUGAAUCUAUGUGUAACAGUAGAGCGGGUCCAAAAUUAUUCGGGAAUUGAAAACUUUUCCGAAAACCGAAUUGAAAGAAGGUAUCAUUUUCUACCGAAUGAGCAAGAGAAUGUGUAUGUUUAUGCAUGUUUUUCAUGAAAUAUGAUUGUACAUUUAGAUGCACCGAAAAUCAGCGAGAAAAAUUCAUACUAAUUAAGUAGUCAUUUUUACAGAGUUUAUUUUUGUAUACAACGGGAAGGAGGUUCAUUCGAAAGCUGGCAUCCUGCGGUAACUGAAAUAUUAUAGAAUUAUUUUGAAGUGUGACUAAUUUUACAACCCUACUGAAUUAGUUUCUUGGAGGCGAAAACGCAUUUCGGAAUUUUGGUUGACAUUUCAUGAGUUAGCCCACCUACAGUAAUUCCUUGGCUACUGCCUCCCAGAAGAUGCAUAUCUACAGAAAAGAGGCCGUUUACAAAUGUCGCCUGUAAUAUUAAAGCAGAAUAUUGUGUAGACCGGUAAGUCCGCCUUUACCAGCAUGUAUAAGAAGUAGCUAGCUCAAAGGUGACCACGCUUUCCGUCCUACGAAGUCAAGAAAUUACUAGACACAGGCAUGAACGGGACUGGGUGACGAAAACUGCCGAUUCCUUAGGGAAAUUAAGUCCUAUGUGAGGCACUCGUCCAUGGGCGCAUCGACAGAGAAGCCCUGCGCACCUCCAGUCGUCCUGCUACUGGCACAUGAUAGUUCCGUGUGUGCGUGUGUGUGAGAGAGAGAGAUUGACGAUGAAAAUAUCCCAUUUGCAAGAACUACUUCUUCCACGCAAGUCGGCACUGCGGCCGGGAGAAAUUCGGCAGCCAGUAGUGUGUGUACCAACAUCUCUACUUCGCUAACUACUGCUUGCAUCCGCGCAUGGAAUGGGACAAGUAACGCAGCUCCAACCACCUUGUCCUACCACUCCCCUACAUGAAUAUCCAUGACUUGGGGCGGGGUUGGGGUACCUAUCGCCCCCCUUUCUCUCCCAGGAUCUGAUCUUUGUCCCAUUUAGCGUUCUGGAGUGCCGCAUCUCUGAUAAAAGCGAACAGGCGAGUUCCCGAUAGCUGGAGCAAGAAGUUUAUUUGCCUGACGUUUCGGACUCUGUCUUGAACCCAUAAUCAGAGACAGACGCAGACAAGGGCAGUGGAUGCACAAAGACUACAGAGCUUAUAGUAUGUAGCUGGCGUGGAACCUAUCGUAAUUACCUCCAGGUACCAUAUUCAGCGCUGAGACAUUCCCUGAUCGAGGGAAUCAGUCACGUGGGGAGGGCGCGGACGCUCAACUAUCCUGGUGACAGCGGACAAAAUGGCCGAGUAAUCUUCACGUCCACAUUCAACAUGGAUGAGGAGAUUGUGGCAAUUUACGACUCGGACGCGGCCUAA